AUGGCUCCUGCUUACCUGAUCAUGACCCUAGUCCCCGAGGAGAUGCUGUUCCUCCACCAGCUGAUUGCCCGCAGGCGGGAAUCACAUCCACAAGAGACUCAGGCCACCCGAGAGCCUCGCUGCCCCAUUGUCGGGCCAGGAGGCCACACCCCACGCUGGGGGCUCAGGCCCAAGGGAGCCUCAUCAGGAGACAUCCUGGCCAUGGGGCGGGACGGAUCCCACUCAGGGCAGCGCCCGGCACUUAGGUGGUCAGGUCUCCUUGGGCUCCUCUUGGCGGUGACGGGUUUUCAGACUUCCCCGGUGUUUGAUGACCUUGACGGCGUGGAGGAGGACGGGCCAGGGGCCCGAUGGUGCCUGCCGGGGCCUGGUGAGGCCUGGGUGUGUCUGCUGAGGCCUGCUGAGGCCUGUGGAGGUCUGAUGGUACCUGGCAUUGCCUGGUGGGACCUGAGGGGACUGAUGUCGCCUGGUGAGGGCUGGAGGGGCCUGGCCUUACUUGGUGAUGGCUGGAAGGGGCUGGUGGGACCUGGUGGGGGCUGUGAGGGCUGGAAGGGCCUGGUGGUGCCUGCCCCGUCCGCCGUCCCCGGUGGCGUGGGGUGCGCCCUUCCCACAGCCUUCCUGGCGCUCAGGGGUUCCAUGUGCAUCCGCUGGCCGGGCUGCUCCGUAGGAAGCCAUGCUUGGAUACUUAUAGCCAUGUUUCAGCUCGCCAUGGAUCUGCCCUCGUGUGAGUCCCUGGGCCCGGGCCCCGACUUCCGGCUGCUGCCCCGGCCACCGCAGCGGCCGCCCCGGCUGUGGAGUUUGAAGAGUGGACAGGCGGCGCGCAUCCCUGUGCCCGUGUGGAGCCCGCGCCCGGCCCGCGUGGAGCGCAGCCACGGCCAGAUGCCCAGCCCGCGCGCCAAACGGGCGCACAGACCCAGGGACCAGGUGGCCACCCUGGUGCCCAGAGGCGGGCUCGCCAAGCCCCCGGCCGCAGCCGGAUCCAGCCCUUCCCUCGGCUCCUCCUCCGCCGCGGCCCCCUCGCCCACGGCGGGUGGUGUGGCCGGCACGGACCAGCAGGCCCUCCUGCGGAGAGGGAAAAGGCACGUGCAGGGGGCCGGCUUCAACGGCUUUGACUUCCGGGGCAGCAGGCCCACCACCGAGACGGAGUUCAUCGCCUGGGGACCCACGGGGGAGGAGGAGGCCCCGGAGUCCAACACAUUUCCAGGCCUUUACGGCCCCACCACGGCUUCCAUCUCACAGACACGGAAGACGACCGUGGCCAUCGCCACCACCGCCGCCACGGCCACCACGGCCACCUCCAUGACGCUGCAGACUAAGGGGGCCACUGAGCCCCUGGGCCCGAGGAAUAGGAUCCCGGUUGGGGCUAGCACAACGGAGCCUUCCACCAGUCCCAGCAAAGACAAUGGCGAAGACGUCAAGCCCCCACGAAUUCUGGGGGAGACCUCAGGUCUGGCUGUUCAUCAGAUCAUCACCAUCACUGUCUCCCUCAUCAUGGUCAUAGCUGCUCUGAUUACAACUCUUGUCUUAAAAAACUGCUGUGCCCAAAGCGGGAACACGCGCAGGACCAGCCACCAGCGGAAGGUCAACCAGCAGGAGGAGAGCUGCCAGAACUUGACGGACUUCACCCCUGCCCGGGUGCCCAGCAGCCUGGACGUCUUCACGGCCUACAACGAGACCCUCCAGUGCUCCCACGAGUGUGUGCGGACGGCUGUGCCCAUGUACGCAGACGAGACGCUGCAUCCGACGGGGGAGUACAAGUCCACGUUUAACGGGAACCGACCCUCCUCUGAUCGGCAUCUUAUUCCUGUGGCCUUUGUGUCUGAGAAAUGGUUUGAAAUCUCCUGCUGA